UUCUCUAAUCCUGUUGAUGUUUUGACUUACGUUGCUUGGAAGCUCUCUGGUUUCCCGGUGAAUCGGGUGCUUGGAUCUGGUACUACUAACCUCGAUUCUUCUCGGUUUAGAUUCUUAAUCGCAGAUCAUCUCGACGUUAAUGCUCAGGACGUACAGGCAUUUAUUGUCGGAGAGCAUGGAGACAGCUCGGUGGCAUUGUGGUCGAGCAUAAGUGUUGGAGGGAUUCCUGUCCUAAGUUUUCUAGAGAAGCAACAGAUUGCUUACGAGAAACAAACCCUUGAGGACAUCCACCAAAGCGUAGUUGGUAGCGCCUAUGAAGUCAUUGGACUCAAGGGUUACACUUCUUGGGCCAUUGGUUAUUCUGUUGCUAAUCUGGCUCGCACUAUUCUCCGUGACCAGCGCAAGAUCCAUCCUGUCACGGUUCUUGCUCGUGGCUUUUAUGGUGUCGAUGGGGGUGAUGUCUUCCUCAGCCUCCCGGCUUUGCUUGGACGCAAUGGUGUGGUCGCUGUGACCAAUGUGCAUAUGACUGAUGAUGAGUCUGAGAAGCUGCAGAAGUCGGCUAAGACUAUAUUGGAGAUGCAGAGCCAGUUGGAACUUUGAAUAAACCACAUCGCUCUGCUUCAGUUUUAUAACUGUUGUUUUGUUAUGAUCAUCAGUCCCAUGGAUGAUAGUGUUAUUGUUGAUCUUUUCAUGUUAUGUAAAUGCUUCUUUUUCAUGGAGAUUGGAGAAUAAUCCCAACUUGAGUUCUAUUAUGAGUAA